AUGAAGCAGGAUUGGGCAUUUCUGGAAAGUGCAGGAACGAUGGCGAUGGCGGCUACGGCUCAGGCCAAGGAGGCCUUUUCAACAGAGGUUGCUGCAAGUGUGGCGGCUUUGAAGACCUCGAUUGGUGGGAAAUUCCCAUUGUGGCUGCCAAACUCAGUGGUGACUUGCAAGGAAGAAGGUUUGGUGAAAAUCUAUCGUGUCCGUGGAGGCGAUGGUGUGCAGAUUGCUGUCGGCCCGGAUUCUGACAUGAUGGAAGUGUGGAUGGAUGAGGUUAAGCUGUUGGCUGGUGGGAGAUCCGUGCAGGAAGUGAGAAAACAAGAGGGUGAGUCGCAGCAAGCGUUAAAGGCUGUUUUGGAUGCGGUGAUGGCUAGUCCCUUGAUGGGGUGUGUUCCACGGCCGUUGGUGGUGUCGGCAGAAAUGGAGUUUGAGGAAGAUGAUGAAGGAUCCUCAGUGCAUUUGUCUAGGAGUUUAAGGAGGACAAUGUUGGAUCUGUUUUUUGAAGGUUCCAUUGGAGAUUGGGUAUUCAAGCCUGAGGACAAGGCUGAGUAUAUCAAGAAUGUAUGCGUGCGCAUGGGAAUUACAGAGAGGAAUUUCCGCCGUAUCCGUAGUAUGCAGUUGACUGUGCCAGGAACUGCUGUGCAGAGUGUGCGGUACAUCAAUGAUUAUUAUGGGAUUGGAGGUGAAAAAUGGAUGGGAGCUGACGGCAAAGAGAAGGUUUUGGUUUUUGGGACGUCAUUGGUGGCUGUCUGGUUUCUCUGUGAUCCAGAUAAGGCAUUUUUGACAAGAGUUGGAGCGUUGGAGGAUGUUCCACCAGCGUAUGAUUUUUGGCACUUGACAGAGGGGAUGCCAUACGAGGUGUAUCAGUAUGGUGUAAGCGGAUUAAGCGCAGUUGUUGGAUCUUCAAAAAGCCAGUGGAUGCCUGAAGACGUGCGUUGUUGA